AUGGGGGUUAGUGGCUCAGGAAAAAGUACUAUUGGUAAUAUAAUAUCAUUAGAAAAAGGGAUGCCAUUUAUUGAAGGUGAUAAUUUGCAUCCAUUAUCCAACAUUGAAAAAAUGACUGCGGGUAUUCCUCUUAAUGAUUCAGAUAGGAAACCUUGGCUUCAAUCGAUCAAAGAAUCUCUAAAACAAGUGAUUUCUUUCCCUUCAACUAAUCAAGUAGGAGGAGGGAUCUUGGUAACUUGUUCCGCAUUAAAAUUAGAAUAUAGAAAUUACUUAAGAAAAUUAUCUUUAGAUGAAGAAUGUAAUGUUAGUAUAAAAGUUUGGUUUAUUUAUUUGAAAGGGAGUAGAGAAUUGAUAGAGAAAAGAUUAAUUCAAAGACAAGAUCAUUUUAUGAAAGUAAAUUUAUUAAAAUCACAAUUUGAAGCGUUGGAAGAACCAAAUGAAGAAUUAGAAGAUGAAAUUAUUAUUGUAGAAAUUGAUGAUAAAGAUCUUAAUAAAGUGAAGAAUGAGAUUAUCGAUAAAAUAAAAUUAGUCAUCAAAUAA